GUAUCGUCUGCAAGAUCCUGUGUCACGACCCAAACUGCCUCCUCAUUUUCAUGGAUGAACUUCAUGCUGUCUCGUAUAAUCUUUGGUUGGUGCAUCUUUGUAAACCUGUUGUCGAUCAUAGAUGUCUCCUCUACCGUCAUAAAGCCUAAUGAUCAGAAUGACUGCAAUGAAGAGAUUAGCCAUUUGUUUACUCAACAUCUCAGAAGGCAGGAAUGCCAAGAUAGUUGAGUCUGUAGCUUCAGCUGCUGUAUCUUCUUCAAGUGCUAGUCAGGAAAUGUCUUCAGAUGAUAACAAACUUGGUCUGAAGUGCCAAUCAACCGUUCUCAACAUAUUUUCGGACUAUGACUACAACCGGUCUGUGUUGACGAUAGCAGCCCCCCUCCACCAUCUAUCACAAAGUGUGUACAAUGCAUGCAGGGAGGCAUACAGGCAGGUUGAUAUGAGUAAACAGUGUGGGGGCCACCCUAGACUAGGAGCUGUUGAUCUGUUGCCCAUUUAUCCAUUAUCAGGAGACGUCAGUUUAGAGGAAUGUGGAGCCCUCGCUCGAGAAAUUGCCAGUAAUCUUGCAAGAGAUGUUCCUGGCUCCUCAUUCUUCCUGUUUGGUAGCGCUGACCACCCAAACAACACGGAUCUUGUGGCGAGACGGAGGCAAGUGGGUUGGUUUUUUGGCAACGACGAGAUGGAUUACAGUACUCUCAAACAUGACAUUGGUAGUAAACCAUCAGCUAGAUAUGGACUAACUGGUGUUGGAGCUUCAUUAUAUGUUACUAAUUACAACGUCACAAUCAACACAAAAGAUGUCUCCAUUGGGCACGAUAUUUCCAAAAGGAUUCGGUCAACAACACCAGGUGGUCUUCCAGGGGUCAGAGUGAUGGCCUUUGCCCACGGGGGCAAGGUUGAAAUAGCAUGCAAUGUGGAACACUUUUCAAAUGACAAAACCAAAGAUGUACCUUAUAAGACAAAUGAAGAAAAACAUAAACUGGACAAUCAACCACAUACGUCUACUUACAAGGAUGUGUGCUACACUUCACCUGCCGCCAUCGAAGCCAGGGUGAAGGCAUUGGCAGAGGAACAAGGCGUUACUCUUGAAGGGUCAUCAGUUAUUGGUUUCACACCCCAAGAGGCAUAUGAAUUGGCUGUGCACGCACUCCAGACGGGAAAAGCAGAGUUUUGGCGUACAAGAAAACCUGGAACAAUGAUGUGAUUGCUAUGUAAUAGUUCCAUAUUUCACCAAUUGUUUGUGAAGAAAAUUUUGAAAAUAUAUUCCAUGCAUCAUAUGUGAGCUAACCUAGUUGUUUCAGGAUUCUUUUGAUAGAAGAUCAAAUCAUGCAUUUUGACAAAACAAAAAUGAAAUCUUAGAAUGUAUAAUUAUAAUGUUAUACUUUUUAAUACAAUAAUUCAUUAUAUCUUGGUAUUCAUUGCAGUUCAAGAUUUUGUAGCUUUUAUUAGUUGAUGCCUCAUGCAGAAUAUCAAUAUUGGGAAUACUGCCCUCUGUUGACAACUUGGAUAGGGCAAAACCAAAGAUGACAAUGUAAAAAUGAUUUUACACAUUAACAAUAAUGACGUUUAUACCAUUAAUUUUUAUCUUAUAUUAUUCUCUAAACCCCAGACCGUUUUUAAGAUACCACCUUGUUACAUUCAAUAUUCGCAAAGGUUUGCCAUGGAAUUCUCAAAAAGUAAAUUAUCCUUUUCUAUCAUGAACUUCGAUUUCAAUUUUGCAAGUAACUCAUGAAUGCAUCCUCUUGUUUGAAGUCAAAAACUCCAACAGCGCCCUCACUGAAGCCAAAUUGAAACCCAUCGAUCAUUGGCUGAGAGUUGUGCAUUUUUCACAAUGCUUGACCUCGGUAAGGCAGUCUAUUCCUAGCUCACAAGCCCGCGGGCACGAUAUUUGAUUCUUGAAUUUUGUUUGCAUGACUAUUGGUAAUUACUCAAAAUAUAUUAGCAUAAAACCUUUCUUGAUUACGA